AUGGAAGACGCCCUCCGCCCAAGCACAAAAUCAUUCGAAUACACCCUUCGCGCAAGCUACCAACUAUGGUCAAGCCAUUUCAACACCAGUGAUAGCCGCCUUCCGUUGGAGUGUAUCGACCUCAAAUCCCUUCUCAAAGACACGCCUGCAUUUCUCGCCGAUGGAUUAAUUCCACCAGACAAAGCAUUCUCAUUUGCGUGUGCUAAAACCCGUGGCAAUCUUGAAAUAAAGGGGCAGUCAAGAUGGCGGACAUCCAGGCCUGGUGCGAACUGCAUUACCCCACCUAAGGUCAUGCCGUCGAUGCUUGAUCUGGGUGUUGCAGAAGCCCGGAAGAUCAAUCUCUCUAAGGACGCCCCUCUGUCGGAAUGGCCCGGUGUGCGUGGUAUCUCUGGUUAUGAUGAUGGUAACUACAUCGCCGUCUUGUUCCUAGCUUGGUCAUACAUCCUAUCGGCAAAAUGGGCAGAGUUGCUAGACCGCUCCGACACGCACCACUGUUCAACGAAGUACUCAUCUACACAUCAAGAGCCUGACGAGUCAUAUCAAUCGGAGGUGAUAGAGAUCGAUUUGCCUGCAGACGCAAACGAAGCCGAGAUCGUUUGGUGGAACGCUGUAUUCUCUGGAACACCAGCAUGGGAUAUAUCCGUGGAAUACGAGUCCGACAAAUUCGUCUCGCCAUGGGCUGUCUCAUUAGCCGGAGCGAUAUCAAUGCGCGCGAAACAAGGAAUCCAUCACCAGUCUUCAACAUAUGACCCUCCAUCAUCAACAAAAGCCAUACAAUACCUCACCCGCUUCUGCAACCACCACCACAUCUACGCCCAAUGCACAGCAGCACUAUCAGCAUCAUUUUUCACACGCGACGUCUUCCUCCGCAAUGAUCCUACCCUCCCAAUCCCCAAACCCUCCAAAAUCCCCUCCUCCCACUCAAUCCAAACAAGCCCGCAAUCCAUCACCUCUCUAAUCUCCUCCCACGAAAACCUCCUACCAUACUACAUGACUCUAAGCAACAAGAUGUGGCUCACAACAAUACCAGCAAUGAAAAGCAUCUUCCUCAACCCAGCAAUCCCCUGCAAUCUAGCCAGCGCCUGGACAAACGCGACCUUUGCAAUGAUAAACCCAAUCGCAAAAGCAAACAACAUUCCGCGUCUCCUGAACGGCCUCUCAGCACGCGAACCACGCGUCGCCAGUCUGUGGCUCGGCGCGGCACUCAUGGGCACGAGUAGCAUAUACCUGAAUCACAGCGAGCAGGGGUUGAUGGCACCUGUACUGGAAGCCGAGGCGUGGAUGGGGGUUACGAGUACGUUUUUGACACAGUCGCCUGGGAUCUAUGAUAAAGAUGUGGAUUUCGUGCUGCGCGAGGAUGAGUGUAGACUGCUUUUUCUUGCGACGGCUAGUGAUGGGGACUAUAAUCAUGGGUAUCUUACGGUAUGGCCGUGGAAACCGUUUGGGAGUACCAAGGUGUGUGAUACGGAUAUUCUGCUUCGAGAGCAUUUGGGUUGUGGAUGUCAUGUUUUGGGAUAUGAGAAUUGGGCUUGGGAGCUUGGGGAUGGGUCGAGGGUUGAGGAUACGGGGGUAUCGGCGAGGUUUUCCUGGCUUUCGAGCUCUACGUCUUUGUCUGUGUCUCCGUCUGCGACUGGUUCUAUGUGUUUGUCAUGUCCGAAACCAGAGGUUACUUCUACGGAUCUUCCCGCUAUACCGAAGGGUUGUGAGUAUGAUUUGUACUCAGAUUGUAGAUCCACUAAUCCGACACGGGGUAUAUUUGGAUGGCUUCGAAUGGAUGGAUUUCCAGCGAAUGAAAAGGGAAUAUAUCAGCAUUCGUGGGUUGUGGUUGGGGAAGACUCGGACGAGGAGGUGGAUGAACAUGAGCCUGAUGGUUCGACGGCUGGUGCUCGAGCUGGAAGAGUCGAGGAUUGGCUUGGUGGUGUCGGUAAUGCUGAGGUAGUAGUCGAGGUCGAAACUGAGGACUGUCGGUAA